GAAGACUUGGCGCUUUCUCGUACCUGUAACCAUCCCGUGCUUUGAGAAACAGCCGCAUUCUGCGUAGAUCACGCUGCACAGUUUGGUUUCAUAUGGACCUGUGGGUGGCAGAGCGGCGAUGCUGAGUAAGAUAGGCAAAGGGCUGGCCUCGCUGCUGGAGGAUGACGAAUCGCCAGAGGUGAACGGCAUUGCACAAAACCACAAAAACUAUCUUACAGUCCGCUUCGUGACGUCAUUCUUUCGUGUUUUGCCUCUCCUUUACAGGGAACUCGUAGGGGUGAGGGAUUUCCCUCCUCGUCAGGGCCUGCAGCAGCGGCGGGCAGCUCGGCCACCGAGAUAGAAACGCUCCGCGUGGCAGCUCAUGCGCGUGAGGAGCAGCUGCGCGAGGCCCAGCGGCAGAAUGAGAUCUUGCGUCAACAGCUCAGGAGGAGGGACCAGGAGAUGCAAAACAAAGGUGGCCAGACAGCACCAGCCAGGCAGCCAGCCAGGCUACACGUCUUCGCGGGAAAGGGAUGUAGUCGGUGCGUGUGUGUGUGUGUGUGUAUGGUUGUGUGGUGCAGUAGAGGAGUCCCGGAAGAUGUAUGCGGAGCUGACGGGGCUGCAGAGGCAGCGGGACGACCUGCAGAUGCGCUAUGAAGAGCUCAUGAAACGACAAGCCACCGCGACACCUACUGCCCUGACGGUAUGCACGAAAGAAGGGGAAAGAAGCACACACGUCUAAACGUCCUCAUGGUGUGUGCAUCUGUGUCCUCCCAUGUCCGGUAGAGUGAGCCUUCGUCGAUCACGUCAAGGAGCUCCCCCGCCCUCCUGCUGCCUGGCAAAGACGAAAUGACGCAGUGCGAUGGUAUGUGAACAAACCAGAAAGCCAGAAGACCUCACUGAGGCAACCAUCAAUAAAUAUUGUCUGCCUGCUUGAUGAAAUGCGGCACUGCAGCGUCCGAGUUCGAGAUGGUGCAGCUGGUGUCCCCUUCGGCCGGGCUGAGUGUGGAGAAGGAGUCACAGCUGCGGACCCUCCUGUUUCGGCUGACAACGGAGCUGGCGCAGGUGCCGCCCGACCUGUAUGAGCAGCUGCAGAUGGAGCACCCCAGGGAUGAUGAUGGUAUAGGCGCACAACACGCCUCGGGCGACCCACACGCCAAGCCCCCACUCAUCGACCUGGCUGGGGUGCUCUCAAGACGGCUCAUUCGGAUGAGGUCGAUUGCUCAAAUCGCAUUUGACCGAUGGGGAGCCAUUGCCGGUGAGUGAGUGAGCCAGUGGGCGGACAGGACAAACACAAGCAUCCAUGCCAUGGGUGGCCGUGUGUUGCCUUCCGUUUCUCAGGUCAUGACCCCACUCAGUCAGCGUUGCAUCGCAUCGCCGAGAAGACCCCAUGCGCCAUCGCCCUGCUGCAGUGGGGCCACGCCCCCGCCCGCGGCAAGGCCGACGAGCCGCACCUCUUCUGGGACGUCAUUCGCAUCUUCCUACAGCUCGUCGACUGCACCUGGCACCUGGCCGACCAGGCCUGCGCCCACCACAAGGAGCUGCAGCACCUCCGGGCACAGGUGGCACAGCACCAGCAGCAGCAACAAGGCCAAGCGUCGUCCCCGGUGAUGAUGAGUGGGUCGAAUGUGUCGUCUCCGCCGAGUCAGCCCAGCCCGACCACCAAGACGGGCACGGGCACCACCUCGGGAAUGAGUCUACCGGCGGGGGCUGACGAGCUGGUGGAGCAAGUGGGCAGGGAAAAGGCCCUCAGGGAAGAGGCCGAGGGAAAGGUGAGAUAGAUGAGGGUCAAAGCGUCCCACAUGUCAGCCUCUUCAUUGAAUGCAUUGACGAGUGUGUGUGUGUGUGUAUGGUUUUUCAGCUGGGUAUGCUUCAGCGUCAGAGCGAGGAGCUGCGUGGGCAGCUGGAGGUGUCGCAGCGAGAGCUGCAUCGGCUCCUGCAGCAGCAGUUACAACCACCCGUGGCACCACCGCUCACACAACAGCAGACACACGUAAUUGACGUGCACUGACAAGGGAUGGGUGGUUUAUUCCAUUCUCCUACCAGCAUGUUUGAUGGAUGUUGUUUGUCCAGCUUGACGGGAGUGGUGAUGUGAGCAGUGAGUUAGAAGCACUGCGGCGUGAGACCAUUGCACUCAGGCAACACGUGGAGGCAUACAAGUCAGUCACCAGAGGGAGGGAGGGCCACACACACACACACACACGCUCACCAACGUGAGGCAUCUGUCUGUUGGUCUGUCUGUCUGUCUGUCCUCAGGGAGCGGUACGACGCGUUGAUGAUUCAGUACACCCGGCUGCAGACCACGUGCAGAGACCUCCAGCAAAACGAGGUCAACACAGCACCUGCACAUGCCAGUGACACGGCGAUCCAUCUCUGUGUAUGUGUGUGUUGGCCAGAACCGUGCUCAGCAGCUGCAGCAGGAGCGGGACGACGCUGUGCGCGAGACUAGGCAGUGGCAGCAAGCCCACUCGACGGUGUCCGAGUCGCUGCAGCAGAUUUCUCUCGAGGUCGCCGACCUCAGAGCACGAUGCGAGGUGGGUGCAUACUUGAGGAGCCACACACAGGACGAAGAACUGUGGAUGCGUCUGGCUGUGUCUACUGAUGCAUGCGAUCGAUGAUCAAUCAGUCUGUGGGUGUGUUGGAGAGGAAUCUCGAGGAGGCCAGGUUCGCCCUCAGCCAAUACGAAGACAGGGAACGAAACAGAAAAACACAAGGUACCUCGGUGACCUCUCGCUGACUGACUAGACACACAACAGGCCCCCCGCACUUGUCCAUUUCAUUGAUCGUUGUGUGUGCACCAGAGAGCGACUCUGCUGUGUUACGUGAGGAGCGUGACGCCGCCCUGCGUGACCUGCGGGCCACACAGAGCGCACUCGACCGCCUCAAUGCCGUCCUAGAGGAAAUGCAGGUAGGCGCAUGUGCGCUCGCCGUGGCUGCUCGACCGACAGACCGACCACGCCAUUUUUGUUUUGUGUGUACCUGUCUGUCAGGAUGAGCGUGACUCGGCCGUGAGCCGUCUCGAGAACGAGCUGACGUCCGCAAGGAUGGAGACCAACGCAGCGAAGCGACAGCUAGAGCAGGUUGGUGCGUCCGAGUGUGCGCAGGAGAGAGCAGGUAGAUGGCUGUGUGGGUGCGUGUGCGCAGGUGUCUGAGCUGCACAGUGAGGUGGUGUCGCUUCGGAAGCAGCUUGAGGCUGUCACGGAGGAAAGGAAUGACCUACUGCAGAGGAAGGCAUUUCUCGAAAACGAGCUGAAGAACUACAGGUAGUAUGGAAAGCCGCGCAAACCAUGGGCCCUCUUGGCGUGCAACAUGUGUGUGGUUUCUUUGAUGUGGCUGCGGGUAUUGCAGUAGCAGCGUGGAGGGUCUGUUGGCUCGUCUGCAGAAGGAGACGGAGGAGAAGCACUUCAUGGUCGACCGACGGGUCGUCAACGACAUGCUCACGGGAUACGUCGAGUCGCACGUCAUGGUAUUCACGGACAGACGGUGCAUCCAUCCAUCCAUCCAUCCCAACGCACACCCACAAUGAUACACACUCAUUGUCCCUCCUUGGUGUGCCUGCCAUGUGUGUGUGUGUCAGGGCCUCCACGACCGUCAGCGUGAGCUGUUGUCACUGAUGAGUGAGAUGCUGCAGUUCUCCGAGGCGGACAAGGAGAAGGUGGGGCUCAUCGGCGCUCGACUGCAGCAGCAGCAACCGCAGCACCCACAACAGCCAACGGUACGCACAGCUACCCACAUACACACACACACACACACAUACACCCAGAGAGACAACAGACAGACAAUUCGUCUCUCAACUCCAUGCGUGUGUCUGUGUGUGCAUUUUUGCAGUCAACGCUUGUUGAUCAGUUCAUGGAUUUCCUGGCCCAGGAGACGGAGGACAGCCGGUGACACUCUCAGCCGUCCCAUCGGCUCAUAUGGUGCACGUCGGUGCCUGCCGAUGGGACGUCAUGAGAGGACAGGCAGCCUGGAGACUUGGGGGUAUGUAGACUGGACGUUGGCCGUUACCGGCGGAUUGAUGGGUCGAUGGACGGGUGGAUGAGUUCUCCGUAUUAUGUUUAGACAAGACCCCCACACCACUCACCUCACCCCGCCCCAUCAUCUCCUUGCAUCUAUCUCAUCCCGCCCCUUACUUGCAAUCAAUGCAUCAGCCAGCCCAUUUUGUCUGUCUGUCUGUCAAUGACACACUACACAUGGCCUGCAUGGGUGUAUGUUAUGUAUGUGUGAACGCCUCGCCGUGCCAUCCCAUGCGUGUGCGUAUAUAUGUGGCUACCUACCCUACUACUUUCUGUCCGUCAGGUUUUGCACACACAUUACAUCCACCUGUCUGUCUGCCUGUCUGUCUGUCCGUCUGUGUGCCGUGGGUGUUCAUGGCGUCCCCUCGGUCGAUGGAUGCAUUUCAUAUGCAGCAUGAAAUGUGGCUGGCUUGGCUGAGGGUUGGGUUGGUGUCUGUCGCGUACAUAUAUAAAUGCACACACAUCAAGGCGGGCGGGUCACAGCUGUCACCGCGAUUAAUUAGGCAUUUUGGGCGCGUGAGAGCCACACACAGACGGAGACAGACAGUACUGGUUGUGUUGUGUUGUGUUGUAUGUGUGCGGAGGACCGACGGUCGAUGGCGUGACUAUUUGUCGGUGUCUCAAAGAUGCUCACUCGA